AUGGUUUUUAUAAAAACAAUUGUAGAGGGAAAAAUCAUAGUAAAAGCAUUAAUCGAUACAACAUCUAAAUCCAAUACUAUUAGCAAGCGCUUGUAUAAUAAGCUUGAAGAAAAUUAUGGUUUAAAAGGACGGGAUUGGUUAUGGAUACGCGAAGCAAAAAUUAGCUUUGGAUUUUCUUUAGAAAAUUGUAAGUGCUAUGCUAAAAUUGAGAUAGAUGAUAUGAGUAUCCCAUUAAUCAAAGAAGAUAGCAGACCUACAGGCGACUCUUCGAGCCAUAAAGCUAGCUCCACUAAAAAUAACUUAUCUAUUGCAAAGCAGGCCAUAUUGCGAUUCUCUAAAUCAUGGGACUUUGUCCCUAAAUCAACAGAAUAUAAAUCUGGUCUAGCUCAAGAGGAGGUUAUAAAUAUAAUUAACAAAAUUCUCUCAAAUACCAAAGAUAGACUUGAAGGGUCAUUGUUUUGUAAUAAUAAGCAACGAAAAAAACAUCAUGGAAUAUUUCACAACAAAUCUGAAACAGAGACUGAUUCAUCCAGCUCCGAUUCAGAAUCCACAGAUUCAGACUUGUAUAAUCUCAACCCAAUAAAACCCCGAAAGAAGAGGCAGAGCCUCGAAUAUCUGAUUCAUCAUGUUUAUGUUAAAAAAAAAAAGGUUGUUUCUCCUAUCCGAAAACAUCAUAAAAAUAAGCAUACCAACUGUGUCCGCAUUCCAGAUUAUAUCCAUGAUGAAGUAAAAAUUGAUACUCAUUCAUUACAAUAUCAAUCAUCUCCUCCUGUUCUGUUAUUAAUUCCUGAAAAAGCUGUUUAUCUUUAUCUGUAA